UUACUUUGUUAUUGUUUUCAGGAAUCCUUCUUUUUAUCUGCCGAGGAAUGUAUAACCGCUGGUUACCUGCAAUCAAAGCACCCCAACAUCACCGAUUACUGCUCUGAUCGACACUUCGGCUCUAAGUUCGUUACAGUAGUUGCUAGUGGUGAUGAACAGGAGCAAGUCAACUUCCAUGGCUGGCAGGUAUCGAAUCAGUGUACUGCACUGGUUGAAGCGGAACUUCUGUGCCCCACAAAUCAUCCGGAGCUCGCGUAUAUACGAGAUAAGCCGUUGACGGAGACGCAGUACUUGACAGAUGUGCAAUAUACAGAGAAAAAUCAGUAUGGUGCUGAAGUGCUAAAGGAUGGACGUCCAUUGCCGGUUGAAUUCUUAUUGGUUGAUGUUCCUACCGGAAUGCCUAAAGAGCCACAAUAUACUUUCUCAGUUCCCAAAAGUACCCGCUUCGCUAUCGAAAACAGGGAAGCAAUGGGAGAAGUCCAGGGAGGAACGAAUCUGAGUCAAUACUGUUCCGAGUAUUCACUAAAUGAUUUCCUCGAACAAGCAACAAACUUCCAUUUCUUGCUGUAUCUGAUGACAAAUCAUCUUGUUCAGUUUACUGAAAAAUUGUGUUUUGCUGUCUCUACGCAAGACCGAGAAAUGGCAAUUGAAUGGGCACGAGAAACGCUCAACUGGCAGCAGCUGGUAGCUGUAUGUCACGAGCAGGGACAUAGUAACCGCUUUGUGAUUGGUCAGAUCACUGGUCAUGCGUCAGCCUCUACAACAACAUGGUCAUGCAAACAUUGCACUUUCGAGAACAGCGAACAACGACCGGAUUGUUCAAUGUGUGGUCUACCAGCAAACUCCUGA